AUCCCCUUGUUUUGGUCCUUAAGCGUCAAAGAUGGGUUUGAUGAGGUCAUUAAGCAUCUCCAAUGCAAAGAAAAUCUUAAACCCGUAUUCCCUUGUGAAGGAAAACAGGUCGUCGUCUUCGUCGGAUGGCCGUGUGCCAAAGGGUCAUCUCCCUGUGUACGUGGGAGAACACAAGGAGGAGAAGAAGAGAUUCGUCAUUCCGGUGUCGUACAUCAACCAUCCUUUGUUCAUGGGGUUCAUCAAACGGGCUGAGGAAGAGUUCGGAUUCAAUCCACAGAUGGGCGCUCUGACUAUCCCUUGCAAAGAAGAAGCUUUUCUUGGUUUGAUCUCUUCUGGCUUAAACGGGAAAGUAGACAAGCACAAAAUACUACCCUUUUAGGGUUUUUGUUAUGGACUGAAAUAAGAGAAUUAUAGGAUUACAAGAGUGGUUAUGUCCGUACGUGGGAUGGAUGGGGUCAAACCUUAAGUUGUGCUCCAAUGGUUAUGAGAUUUCAUGAUCGGUGCUUCA